AUGUCCGCCGAUUCGAACCACUAUGGCACCGUCUCGGGCCCACCAGCCAUCACCGAGGAUCCCAGGCCAUGUUUUGUUCCCAUAUCUGUAAACGACACCAUCUAUCAGGACUACCUGUCGCUGCCUCUUAUCGAGAACAACGACCCAUGGCUGCUUGAUUCCUUCUCGCCACCCAUGUCUUGGGCCGUUGGUCCCGCCGCCCUUACCGACUCCACCGCUAGCUUGGAGGCUAGCUUCAUUGCUCCCUACCAUCUCCGCGAUCAUCAGCGGGACCAGGGGAUGACAUUAGGUGCCACUUCCGGCUUUACGGGAGGAGGCAUUGGCAGAGGUGCGAGAAGACACGGAGAAAUCGCCGAUUUGGAUCGACCCCAGAAAGGCCGUCCAUGGUGCCUGUAUAUGUUUGCUUGA